CCGCCCUCCGAGGCUGCGUCCGGGGAAGCCCGGACCCCAUGGAGGCGCCUGGGCCGGCCGAAGGGGCCGCGGCGGGCAGUAGCCCCGGGGGCCGCGACGCUGAGAGCGCUGGGGGGACCCCUCAAGGGGCGCCGCGCCCCGAGGCACCCACCUACCGGCUGCAGGACUUCGACACGCUUUCCACCGUGGGCACGGGCACGUUCGGGCGGGUGCACUUGGUGCGGGAGAAGACGGGCAAGCGCUUCUUCGCGCUCAAGGUGAUGAGCAUCCCCGACGUCAUCCGCCUGAAGCAGGAGCAGCACGUGCACAACGAGAAGUCGGUCCUGGAGGAAGUCAGCCACCCCUUCCUCGUCCGGCUGUUCUGGACAUACCACGACGAACGUUUCCUGUACAUGCUGAUGGAGUUCGUGCCGGGCGGGGAGCUGUUCAGCUACCUGCGGAACCGAGGGCGCUUCAGCAGCAACACAGGGCUCUUUUACUCCGCGGAGAUCGUGUGCGCCAUCGAGUACCUGCACUCGAAGGAGAUCGUGUACCGCGACCUGAAGCCCGAGAACAUCCUACUGGAUAAGGAGGGCCACAUCAAGCUCACCGACUUCGGCUUCGCCAAGAAGCUGGUGGACAGGACAUGGACCCUCUGCGGGACCCCUGAGUACCUCGCCCCCGAAGUCAUUCAGAGCAAAGGGCACGGGAGGGCUGUGGACUGGUGGGCGUUGGGUAUCCUCAUCUUUGAGAUGCUCUCAGGGUUCCCUCCAUUUUUCGAUGAUAAUCCGUUUGGAAUUUAUCAAAAAAUUCUUGCAGCCAGAAUAGAUUUCCCCAGACAUUUGGAUUUCUAUGUCAAAGACCUCAUCAGGAAGCUGCUUGUGGUGGACAGAACAAGAAGACUCGGAAACAUGAAGAACGGAGCAAAUGACGUGAAACGUCAUCGGUGGUUCCGAACUGUGGACUGGGAAGGGGUCCCAAACAGAAGAUUGAAGCCCCCCAUCGUGCCCAAAGUGACCUGUGAUGGUGACACCUCCAACUUCGAUACGUACCCCGAGAAUGACUGGAACAAGGCCCACCCCGUGUCGCCGGAGGACUUGGAGAUCUUCAAGAAUUUCUGAGGACAGGAAUUCCCGUGUGGAAGGCAGUCCAGAGGGUGAACCGGGCCAAAGAUGUACACACCUAUGCACACCUAAAGAGCUGCCUACGUGGUAUUGAAGGAGGACGUUUCCACGUUGGUAUCAAUCCACUUGUACAUAGAGACUUGAGAGCGGUUGGAAUCCACAGACCUGGCAUUAUUUAAACAACUGGAAGUGUCCUGCACAGUAGGAAACUUUGGGGAAAAAAAAGAAGACAAGCAUGGUUUCGUUGUAGACUUCACCUUAUCCUCUUGUGUUACGUUUCUCCUGCGAUGCCUACGUUUUCCUCAUAGACUUAAACUUUACAACUUUGGACAAAAAGUGUUCCACGGUCACCACCAACUGUGUGUGUGUGCGUGUGUGUGUGUGUGUGAAGAAGAACUUAAAGAUGUGUUCACAGGAACUGUGCCUGGAUGUAAAUGUUUCAUACUUGGCGGAGUCUAUUAUUUUUAUUUUCAAAUGUGUUUUAUUUCCUUCUG